GUCUGCUGCAGCAGCACAAAUAACCAAUGCAUCCACAGCAGGAACACCCAAUCCAAGAGCGGAACCAACAACCAUGCCAACCACAUCAGUGCUUACCACCAAGGUAACACCAGAACUACCAACAACAAAGGUAACAAGUGCAGGAACAACCAAGCCAACCACGGCACCUACAACCAAACCAACCACAGCAGCACCUACAACCAAGCCGACAACCAAACCCACAACUGCGCCUACAACCAAGCCAACCACAGCAGCUACAACAAAACCGACAACAGCACCUACAACCAAGCCAACCACAGCAGCUACAACAAAACCGACAACAGCACCUACAACCAAGCCAACCACAGCACCUACAACCAAGCCGACAACAGCACCUACAACCAAACCGACCACAGCACCUACAACCAAGCCGACCACAGCAGCUACAACAAAACCGACAACAGCACCUACAACCAAGCCAACCACAGCACCUACAACCAAGCCAACCACAGCAGCUACAACAAAACCGACAACAGCACCUACAACCAAGCCAACCACGGCACCUACAACCAAGCCAACCACGGCACCUACAACCAAACCGACCACAGCACCUACAACCAAACCGACCACAGCACCUACAACCAAGCCAACCACAGCACCUACAACAAAACCGACAACAGCACCUACAACCCAGCCAACCACAGCAGCUACAACAAAACCAACAACAGCACCUACAACCAAGCCAACCACAGCACCUACAACCAAGCCAACCACAGCAGCUACAACAAAACCAACAACAGCACCUACAACCAAGCCAACCACAGCACCUACAACCAAGCCAACCACAGCACCUACAACCAAGCCGACCACUGCACCUACAACCAAGCCGACCACUGCACCUACAACCAAACCAACCACAGCAGCACCCGCAACAAAUGCAACAACAGCAGUACCAACCACUGCAAAUACAACACAACCAGCCACUGGAACCGGCGCCACUACCUCCCCGCCAGCAACCCAGGCAAGCACGAGUGACACAUGGCUGAUCGUGGGAAUUGUCUUAGGCGUUAACCUCGCUAUCGUUGUCGUGGUUGGUGUAGGCUUCUACGUAGUCCAUCGAAGGAGGGCAAAAAGUGUAGGAUACGCAAACCUUUCUUAAACGAGACCACCCACCCACUGUUUUUAGUUAACUAUAAAAAAUAUAACUAUGUAAAUUUGUGGCUGACAUAUAUUCAUCGGAGCUGAUUAAAUUAGAUACAAUAAAAUUAUCCUGACAAAUGUUCAAUUAAUAUUUCUGACAAUACUCCAUUCCUUAAAGAAAGAGCUGAUAGAAUCCUAGAAAUAGAAACUUAGACUCCACAAUAUUGGAACUUUCAAAAUAUUAACCUUUAAGUUAAUCAAAUCCAAUUUAAUAGACUUUUUAAUGGUUAAAUCCAGCUCGUGAAAUGUUAUCACAAACUUUAUGAAUUAACAGCUCAUGUAGUACAUGUACAAUCAUGAAAAGAAAAUUGAUAACACAUUGAAAAUCUACAAAAGCAAGCCAUCUAUGCAAACACGUCACAUAAUUACUGUAAAUAGAAAAAGGAAUUUGAUGAAUACUUAAAUUUGCAAUCUCAGAUCUCAAGUAUGGACGGAUUAUAAAGAUUAUACUGUAUUUACCAAAAUUAUCAGUAGCAGUGUUUCAUUAAAGAUUAUUUAAAACACAUUUGA